GCGCGAAAGCCCGCGAUCAACGAAUCUCAGUCUCUUGCCUCACGAACGCGGAGCGAAGUGGACCUCUUGCUGUUGCGCUCUCGGUUCCAUUGUUAGUUUUCUUUGCAAUUACCAACCCAAACCAAUUUUACAAUGGCCGAUACUGCUGCUGAGGUUGUUGCCACUACCCCUGAGGUCACCAAGGAAGUCCCUGAGACCAAGACCAAGACCAAGACCGAGGAGGUAGAAAAGGUAGAAAAGGCUGAAAAAGUAGAAAAGACAGAAAAGGCAGAAAAGACAGAAAAAACAGAAAAGGCAGAAAAGACAGAAAAGGCCGAGAAGGUCGAGAAGGCCGAGAAGGCCGAGAAGACCCCCGCCGAGGAGUCUAAGGAAGCUAAGACCGAGGAGAAGGCAGCCAAUGGUGACAAAACAGAGGAAACCAAUGGUGAUGCAACAGAGAAAACAGAGGAGGCCAAGGCUGAAAAAACCGAGGAGGCCAAGAAGGAGACCAAUGGCGUAGAGAAGGAAGCUGAUAAGGAAGCCAAGACCAACGGCCACAGCGAAGAGACUAACGGCGUUGCUAAUGGUGAUUCUGAGAAGCGUGCAGCAGAGGAAUCUGAAGCCACCUCACCCACAAAGAAGGCAAAGGUUCAAGAGGAGACCAAAGAGGCUGCAGCUGAAACCACUGCUUAAGUCUGUCUUCCGCUCUUGUCCCCCAAGACCCUCACUCUAGCCUUCUCAGAGACCCCCUUUUUUUUACUGAAACAAUCUUGCUGUUCUUUUCUUAUUUCAUUUGGAUGGGCACCUACUGAAGGUUUUGGUAGCCUCAAUUUUUUCUACCCGUGUACCUGUCAAUUAUUAUACACUUCCGUGUAUUCUUGGUAUGAAAGAAUGUUUGUGGGGUUCAAUUUAACUACACCAUGUACAAAUGUACAAACUGGUGUUACGUUCCUUCAGUCGAGUCAUGGUGGUUGUAGUAGUUUAAAUUUCAGUAGGUUCUUUGAACGCAGGAACAAAGUAACGUGGUCUGUAAGGCAAUUUUUAAAAAUUUGUACUUUGCAACCAUUUCCAGUGAAUGGUACUUGUUUUGUUUCAAGUCAGUGUAGUAAAGUUAUUUGUACAUGUUACUGAAUGGAUGUUUGAGAGUACUUGCUGUAGGCUGAACUAAUAUUCCAUGCCAUGCUAGGGCUAGUGUAGCACCAAUUACAAGUCUGCCUUUAUUUAUUUUCUAAGUCAUGUCUGAGUGUUGGAGUGAAAGUUUGCCACUAUCCACACCAAGCAGGGAAGGAUUGAAGCUUUAGUUUUAGUUCGUGCACAAGUCAACAUUCCGUUUCGUUAACAUGACUAAGGUUACUGUGUAACCUAAUCCGCUGAAGUGAGUGAUCUUGAA